AUGGCUGAUGAUCAAUCUCUUCGCUCUCCGAUGACACCACAUUUCUUCCAACCUCUCCUUCCCGGCUUUCACACUCACCUUAACAUUCCUGUAGCUUUCUUCUUGAAGCACGUCCAAGGAUUAAGUAACGACCACAUCAAGACUGCGAAACUGACAACAGAUGCGUCCACUAAAACUUGGUUAGUGAAGGUAGACGGCGUGAGACUCACAGAUGGUUGGGAAGAUUUUGCAGUAGGGCAUGAUCUUCGGAUAGGUGACAUCACCAUUUUCAGACAUGAAGGAGAGAUGGUGUUUCAUGUCACAGCUUUCGGACCAAGUUGCUGUGACAUUCAAUAUACUUCAGCAUCAUCUCACAACAUCAAUGAUGAUAGUCAAGAUCAGACCAACAAUACUGAAAACAGUUCAGGAGAGAAGAGAAAGAGAGUGAAGAAGAAGCCAAGAAGGAAAGAAGAGUCUUCAUCAGAUCACUCUCACUUUAUGGCACAUGUCUCACCCUCUAGUCUAAGAUUUGAUCGACUGUAUGUACCAAUUAGUUUUUCGAGGUCAAACGGUCUGGAUAACAUGAGCGGUAAAGAGAUCGUUCUUCUUAACCAGGAAGGAAGAUCAUGGAAUUUGAAUAUUACAUACACCAAAGCAAGCGUGCAGACUCUUGUCGGACCUGGCUGGAGAAGAUUCUGUGCUGAGAAUGGGAUGAACCAAGGUCAUCACUAUACAUUCAAACUGGUCGGAAAAUCUGCACCUCCAGUUAUCCGUUUGUCCCUUGCAGAACCAGCUCCAGAACCCUCAUUGCACCAUUCUUACUAUGUGGGAUCUAUCAGUUCUAAUAGCCUAAGAACUGAUAAACUGUAUAUUCAGAGGAAGUUUGUGAAUGCAAAUGGUCUGAAAGGACUCAGUGAGAUAAUUUUAAAGAGUGAAUGUGGAGGAAGAUGGAGUUUAGGUUUGAGAUACUACAAAUCACUCGACCAUACUUAUCUUGGACCAGGCUGGAAAACUUUCUGCCAAGUAAACGGGAUCAAAACUGGAGAUUCCUUUAUGUUUAAAGUGGUUGAAACUGGGGACAAGCCUGUUCUCUUGUUGUGCAGUUACAACCACGGCAAAAUACCAUUAGAGUGCUCAGAAGAAAGUGAUGAUGUAAACUCCCUCUCCUCUGAUACUAGCAGCGGAGAAUCCCAAGAAAGUGAAGAGGAGAAUUUUGAAGACGAGGGCAGCUCAGAGGAAAGCUUUGAGAUGGUGAAAAGGGAGAAUAGCUCGAGAUGCAGAGCUUCAUCUUCAUAUAGUCAAGACCGAUUUGUGAAAUUAACUCUUACACCGAGAGCUCUUAAAACCUAUAAACUGAUGCUCCCGCUGGGUUUCACACGGGUGAAUGGCAUCAACAAGCCAGGGAAGAUAACUCUGUUAGACAAAGAUGGAGUGAAAAAACAGGUGGUGGAUCUUUUGGAUCAGAACAGAAACAUCGGAAUAAUGCGACUUGGAAAAGGAUGGAGAGAGUUCUGUGAUGCUCAUGGCGUAAAGGUAGGACAGUCCUUUCUGUUGGAACUCAUUUGGGAGGAUGAAGAAGCAAUUCCUGUGCUUAAAUUUUGCACCAAACUUUGAGACUGCUGUCCUGUGGUGUGAUACACUACAAUAUUUUCU